UUUGGGUCAAAGUCAAUCUGACACCAGAGAACAUUAAAGUCUUUGCACGUAGUUUCAGGAGGUCCUCGGAUUUUGGCACGAAGUGAGAAACGGUGGUUGUCAGGGGUUCUCCACUGUCAGCAACUUACAGAAUUGCAGCAAUCUUCCAGGAUGCGGGUGGUUGAUUGUAAAUGAGAGCCUCGAUUCCGAGCACGGAGUCGGAGAGUCCCUGUCUCGGCAGAGGCUUGAGGUUCGGAGCCGCAGAGCGGGGCCGUGAGGCCGGCGGCGCACGUCACCGCUCAGUGGCGACGAGGGGUAGGACCGCUCGCUGCACCGGCACCGGGCACGGCUAUAACAGGGGCUCCUGGGCUCGAGCUCUUCUCAUUUCGAUGCUUCGAUGCCGGAGGUGGAGGUGGGGCUUUUCAUUUCCGCUGCAUUUUUUUAAUUAGUUUUAAUUGCUUGAUUUUGAAAAAAUCGAAACAUUUUGAAAAUAAUUAAUUUCGUUUGCUCACUGAUUUGGGUUUUAGGUAAUUCAAUUUGACUAGUAUUUGUCCCAUAGUUGUGCGGUUCUGUAACCUUCCACUGUCGCCUUGAUUCUACUUUUUUUUCGGAGCCCACAUUUUGUCAAACGUUCCUUAUUAUUUAGAUAAGUGGAAGCGUUUGUUCGCCUCCUCCGAGGACCCUUGUUUUCUCAAACCAUGGGCGGUUGCGGCUCAACAGAAAGUGCGUGUUUUAUCACAAACAGGCGUGUUUUGAACCCCGUCGUCUUCCACACUUCGCCCCGUCGCCUGUGAGAACGCAAGCAAGACUCGGGUCACUCCGGAUCCAACCCGGCGCCCGUUCCACCGCCGCCUGACGCAUCCGCAGAGGGAGCGCGCCUGCGGCGAUGGGGAGCGCGCUGAACGCGAGCGACUUCUGGCAGUUUAACGAAUCCUGGAGGAACUGGGGUCCGCUGAACGGCACCGGCGGCGCGAAUCAGACGAACCCGCUGAAGCGCAACGAGGAGGUGGCGAAGGUGGAGGUGACGGUGCUCGCCCUGGUGCUGCUCCUGGCGCUGGCGGGGAACCUGUGCGUGCUGCUGGCCAUCCACACCACCAAGCACAGCCAGUCGCGCAUGUACUACUUCAUGAAGCACCUGAGCAUCGCCGAUCUAGUUGUGGCGGUUUUCCAAGUUCUCCCUCAACUCAUCUGGGACAUCACGUUUCGAUUCUACGGACCGGACAUUUUGUGCAGGUUGGUGAAAUACCUACAGGUCGUUGGGAUGUUCGCCUCCACUUACAUGUUAGUCCUGAUGUCCAUAGACAGAUGUCUGGCCAUUUGCCAGCCCCUUCGCUCUCUGCACAAGAGGAAGGACCGCUUCUAUGUCGUGUUCUCCUGGGUUCUGAGUCUGCUCUUCAGUCUCCCGCAGAUAUUCAUCUUUUCCCUGAGGGAGGUUGGCUCCGCCGGAUCUGGGGUGUAUGACUGCUGGGGCGACUUCGUGAAGCCCUGGGGGGCCAAAGCGUACAUCACAUGGAUCAGCCUCACCAUAUACAUCAUCCCGGUGGCCAUACUGAGCAUUUGCUACGGUUUGAUCAGCUACAAAAUAUGGCAAAACUUUAAACUGAAAACCCGGCGGGAGCAGUGCAUAAGCCUGACGCCCAAAACCCUGAAGAGCAACACGCUGGCCCGCGUGAGCAGCGUGAAGCUCAUCUCCAAGGCGAAGAUCACCACCGUGAAAAUGACUUUUGUCAUCGUCGUGGCUUACAUCGUGUGCUGGACGCCGUUUUUCUCCGUCCAGAUGUGGUCUGCGUGGGAUCCAGCUGCGCCGCGCGAAGCCAUGCCUUUCAUCAUCUCCAUGCUGCUGGCCAGCCUCAACAGCUGCUGUAACCCCUGGAUUUACAUGUGCUUCGCCGGCCACCUCUUCCAGGACCUGCGGCAGCGCUUCCUGUGCUGCUCCGCCUGCUACCUCAGGGCGUCGCGGUGCCAGUGCGAGCGGGACUUCGACUCCAGCCACAAGAGCAACUCCUCCACGUUUGCCAUCAAGAGCACCAGCAGUCAGAGGAGCAUCACGCAGACCUCCACCGCAUGAGCACCACCUGAGACUUACAGAGGGUUCAAACUGCAAAUGUGAUCUUUUUUUCAUAUAAUUUUUGUGUAAAGUCAGAACAAAACUGCAGAAAACAGAAAAAUGCUCCAAAUACGAUCAAUACGACGUCUGUAUUUUGUACAUAAACAAUGCAGAACAAUCAAGUGUUUUGCUUUUCAAAUGUAUUGUGUAUAAGUGCAAAGAAAGUAAAAAAACAUAAUCACCUGUUGAUUUUGAUUCUGUAGCCAUUAAAGCUUGUCUGUACAGUUCACCUGA